CUAUUAAAGGACAAAGAACUUUUACAUAAAUAUGGUUCUGAGAAAUUUGACGUCUCACCACCAGAAAAGAAGAAGAAAGAAAAGAAAGAGAAAAAAGAAGAAGAGAAGAAAGAACCUGAACCAGUUCCAGAGAAAAAGAAAUUUGACAUGUAA